CUCUUGGCCUUGCCUACAUCCGAAUAGAGACGCUCCGUCCUCGACUACCUCCGAAGAGAACCGAAGCUUAUGGGCCCGCCUCCAAACCUUCUCGCGACUCUGCCCGAAGGAACCUGAAGCGGAGGCCCCGCCCCAUUCUGAACUCUGCGCUCUAGGCCCCGCCUCCGCCCCAGAACAUGUCGCCCGAAGAAUGGACGUAUCUAGUGGUUCUUCUUAUCUCCAUCCCCAUCGGCUUCCUCUUUAAGAAAGCUGGACCUGGGCUGAAGAAAUGGGGGGCAGCAGCUGUGGGCCUGGGGCUUACCUUGUUCACCUGUGGCCCCCACACUUUGCAUUCUCUCGUCACCAUCCUUGGGACCUGGGCACUCAUUCAGGCCCAGCCCUGCUCCUGCCACGCCCUGGCCCUAGCCUGGACCUUCUCCUAUCUGCUCUUCUUCCGAGCACUCAGCCUGCUGGGCCUGCCCACUCCCACGCCCUUCACGAAUGCCGUCCAGCUGCUGCUGACACUGAAGCUGGUGAGUCUGGCCAGUGAAGUUCAGGACCUGCACGUGGCUCAAAGGAAGGAAAUGGCCGCGGGCUUCAGCAAGGGGCCCAGCCUGGGGCUGCUGCCCGAUGUGCCCUCUCUGAUGGAGACACUCAGCUACAGCUACUGCUACGUGGGCAUCAUGACAGGCCCGUUCUUCCGCUACCGCACCUACCUGGACUGGCUGGAGCAGCCCUUCCCGGGGGCCGUGCCCAGCCUGCGGCCCAUGCUGCGCCGAGCCUGGCCGGCCCCGCUCUUCGGCCUGCUCUUCCUGCUGUCCUCCCACCUCUUCCCGCUGGAGGCCGUGCGCGAGGACGCCUUCUACGCCCGCCCGCUGCCCGCCCGCCUCUUCUACAUGAUCCCCGUCUUCUUCGCCUUCCGCAUGCGCUUCUACGUGGCCUGGAUUGCCGCCGAGUGCGGCUGUAUUGCCGCCGGCUUCGGGGCCUACCCCGUGGCCGCCAAAGCCCGGGCCGGGGGCGGCCCCACCCUCCAAUGCCCACCCCCCAGCAGUCCGGAGAAGGCGGCUUCCCUGGAGUACGACUAUGAGACCAUCCGCAACAUCGAUUGCUACAACACAGACUUCUGCGUGCGUGUGCGCGAUGGCAUGCGGUACUGGAACAUGACGGUGCAGUGGUGGCUGGCGCAGUACAUCUACAAGAACGCGCCUGCCCGCUCCUACGUCUUCAGGAGCGCCUGGACCAUGCUACUGAGCGCCUACUGGCACGGCCUGCACCCUGGCUACUACCUGAGCUUCCUGACCAUCCCGCUGUGCCUGGCAGCGGAGGGCCGGUUGGAGUCGGCCCUCCGGGGGCGGCUCAGCCCCAGGGGCCGGGAGCUCUGGGACUGGGCGCAUUGGUUCCUGAAGAUGCGGGCCUACGACUACAUGUGCAUGGGCUUCGUGCUGCUUUCCCUGGGCGACACCCUCCGGUACUGGGCCUCCGUCUACUUCUGCAUCCACGUCCUGGCCCUGCUGGCCCUGGGGCUGGGGCUGGCUUUAGGUGGGGGGAGCCCCAGCCGGCGGAAGACCUCGUCCCCAGCUGCCAGCCUUCCCCCAGGAAAGCUUCGGGAGGAGUAAGCUGGCACCACACCUUCUCUGCCGGUUGGUCCACCCACCAGGCUUUUGCCUGGGGGUUCUGUGAACCGGGCUGCUGUCUCCCGUCCCAGAGAGAGCCCUUGAUUUGGCAAGGGGCCUGGAGAGGACUCCCACUUCCCCAGCUCAGUACCCUGCCUGUGACAGAGCAAGGCUGGGGCUCUCUUGCUUCCCCGCCCUCUGCCCUGAGGGUUACAGAAGGUCAUUUCCCCUUCUGUAAAAUCAAGAUAUCCAGACAGAAUCUCCCUUUGUCCCUGCCCAGCUCCAGGUGUUCAGAGACUUGCACUUCACCGCCCACAGCAGGAGCCUGUGGGUGACAUGGUUUCUUGGGCAAAAAUUACCUUUCUUGGGAUCCACGGUGUGGGGAUCUGAGCUUCAGAGCAGACGCUGAGGGUUGUGGGGAACGCCCUCUUUCUGGUAGCUUUCUCUCUCCUUUGUCUCAUGAGACCAGUGUGGAAUGUAACCCUCCUGGAAAGGGGAAACCGAGGUACAAAUGUGCAGGCCUUUGGUCCAGCGGCUCUUGUAGCUUCCAUCUGAGCCAUCUCAAGGUCCCAGUGCUCCUGUCACCCUCUUGUCAUCCUUUGGCCUAACACAGGCUUGGAAUGUGUAAAUCUCUCCCAAUAAAUUGUUGCACAAAGAC